CUCGGCGGCGGAGGAGGUGGAGGAGGAGGACGCCGGCGCGAUGGGGCUGCUGAGCAUCUUGAAGAAAAUGAAGGAGAAGGAACGCGAGGUGCGGCUGUUGAUGCUCGGCCUGGACAAUGCCGGGAAGACGUCCAUCCUGAAGAAGUUCAACGGAGAGGAUAUUGACACCAUCUCCCCCACGCUGGGCUUCAACAUCAAAACUCUGGAGCACAGAAACUUCAAGCUGAACAUCUGGGAUGUGGGAGGACAGAGGUCCCUGCGAUCCUACUGGAGGAACUACUUUGAGAGCACGGACGGCCUGAUCUGGGUGGUGGACAGUGCCGAUCGCCUCCGGCUCGACGACUGCAAGAGAGAGCUCUCCGUGUUGCUCCGGGAGGAGCGACUGGCCGGCGCUACACUCCUAGUGUUUGCGAACAAACAGGACCUGCCUGGAGCCCUCUCGUCAGAUGCCAUCAAGGAAGCCCUGGACCUGGACAGCAUUAAGACCCAUCACUGGUGUAUCCGCGACUGCAGCGCGGUGACGGGGGAGAACCUGCUGGCUGGAAUAGACUGGCUACUGGACGACAUCUCCUGCCGAAUAUUCACCGCGGACUGAGCCCCCCCCCGCAGCCCCUCACCCCGAAGGACUGCCCCCUCCGAGCCCCUUGUCACGACGGUAGCGCCCACCCUAUGUAGUCAUGGCCGGGCGCCAUGCUUCCUGUAUCCGAGGCUUGGAUCGACCGGAAUGGACUGCCCAGAGCAGCAGCUGCAUCGAGUUAUCGAAGUGGAGUUGGGAGGGGGAGGGGGGGGCAGAGAAAUAAUUAAAUCCCACCUGCAAAGCUCCUUAACUUUAUGAACCCUCAAUGUUAAAUCCUUUUCUGACAGGACAGUGACGUGAGCAGUGCUUGGUUCCAUGAGGUGUGAAUGCGGCAAGUAAAUUUUGAUCUGCUUGAAGGAGCCCUGUAAACUGAAACAGCGGGGAAUUCUCAUCCCUUUUGUGCACUCACUUCCUCGCCCCCCCCUCCCACCGGGGUUCUCUUAA